AAUAUUUCAUUUAAAUUGCUUAAAAAAAUUAAGUCAAAAAUUGCCAAAAAUUAGGAAAUGAUUCAAUGAUUCCAUUUCGUUUUGAAAUUUUUAUAUGUUGUUGAUAUAUAAUUUAAUUUAAUUGCCAAAAAUUAGGAAAUGAUUCAAUGAUUCAAUGACAUUAACUGUUUUUUUUACAGAAUUUAUAUAAUUUAUAAUUUAAUUAAUAAAUUUAAAAAUUAAUUUUUAAUUACAAAAAAAUAAAAAUUGAAAAAAAUUAAUGUGGUCGUAGGAAUGGAGCCAUCAAGGAGAGGGCAACCCCAAGAGCGUAAUAUUGGCUGGGAGCAUGGGAAGAUGCUCGGUGAACGUCACCAGUUUCAGUGCAAUUAUUGCCACAAAUGCUUCAAAGGAGGAGGAGUAACCAGAUUAAAGCAGCACUUAGCCGGUAAUUCUCAUGAGAUAUCUGCAUGCUCGGAGUGCCCACCGACCAUCCGUCAGCUGAUGAGGAAAAACCUCGCUGAGAUCAAAGCAGCCAAGGAGAGGGCUGCCAAGCAGAAAGCGGAGGUGGAACGCCAAGCUGCAGAAGCACCUUCCUAUCACUUGAUGGAGUCACAGGAGGCCGAGGGUCCAGAUGAGGAGGAGACACAGAUCCAGGCUGCCAUGCGGGCGAGUCUGGAUGAUCGAUGGCAGCAGGAGGAGGUGGCGAGGCAUCGGGCUCGAUUUGGGCCCUCGUUUUUUGAGUCGGGCGCCGGUUCUGGUGGAAGCAGACAAGAUCCAGAGUUUCAAAGGACAACAUCAGUCAGGGAGGGCAAGGGCAGAGGACGUAGCCGGAUUGCAUCUAUCCUGGGUGGUUUUGGUAGCCGAAAGAAGUCUUCCGGAGGGAUUCCACCAGGUGCGUCAAUCCAUGAUGUAGAUCCGCAUGCCUUCCCCAGAAGAGAUUCGAAGCAGCAAAGAGUAGACACAAUGUGGAAGAAGAAGAAGAAGAAGGAUAUGUGGCGAGCUAUUGGAUCCUGGUUCCACUUCAGCCACAUUCCAGCAAAUGCUGCAGACGAUACAUACUACAAGUCUGCCAUUUCUGUCAUACAGACUGCCGGUCCCGGUGUUGAUCCUUCAGGUCCGAGGGACAUCUACGGUGAGCUUCUUGACAACAAUAAGGAAGAGCUAGAGAAUUGGAUUGGUUCAUAUAAAAGCAAGUGGCCCAUAUAUGGGCUCACUCUGAUGUGUGAUGGUUGGACCGGUCCGACAAAGCGGGCCAUCAUCAACUUUCUGACAUACUGUGAUACGAAGACCUUCUUCCACAAGUCAGUUGAUGCUUCGGAUAAGGUGCACAACGCCUCAUACAUCCUCAGACUUAUGGAGGAGGUGAUUGAUCAGAUUGGAGAGGAGAAUAUCGUGCAGGUCGUCACUGAUAACGGACCGCAAUAUAAGUUGGCCGGGCAGGUCUUGAUGGAGCGGCGACCACAAAUUUUCUGGACCCCAUGUGCUGCACAUUGCAUCGACCUCAUCCUGAUGGAUGUUGGAAAGAUCCGUAGGGUGCAACAUACGGUGGAGAUAGCCCAACGCAUCACCAGGUAUAUUUAUAGCCAUACUUGGGUUCUUUCAUUAAUGAGAAGGUAUGCAGGGGGAGAAAUUCUUAGACCAGGAGUCACACAAUUUGCUACGAAUUACAUUGCACUUGAUAGCCUUAUCGAGAAGAAAGGAGCCCUACGUCAGAUGUUUGUUAGUCCCGAGUGGCAGGAAAGUAGAUAUGCCCAGGCCGGCACUGAAGGAAGCAGGAUGGAAGACUUGGUAAGCAGGCAGUCAUUCUGGCAGCGGGCCAAUGCGAUAGUCAAGGCUAUCAAACCAUUAUAUGAAUUGCUGCGGGCCGUGGAUAGCGAGAGGUAUCCCCAGAUGGGCUUUUUGUAUCACAUGAUGGAGAAGGCAAAGGCUCAGAUCAUGGAGGCAGAUGUAGCCCAUGCCCAGGAGUACAUCGACAUCAUUGAGCGGCGGUGGGGAGCCCAAAUGGGUAGGAAAUUGCAUCUAGCAGCAUACUAUCUGAAUCCCCGGUUUCAGUACGAGAGUGGAAUUGGUAUGGAUGAUGAACUUCUUCAUGCUCUGCGUAAUGUUAUUUAUAAGAUGGAGCCUGAUCCAGAAGUCGCCGCGUUAUGUAUAGAAGAGACCAAAUUAUUUAGAGAGGGUAGCCACAGCUUUGGACAGCGACCAGCUGUCGUGAGCAAGACAACUAUGAAUCCAGCUGAAUGGUGGAUUCAUUUUGGCGGAUCCGCAAAAAAUCUUAAGCGGAUAGCUAUCCGGAUUCUCUCCCAAACGGUCUCCUCGACUGGCUGUGAGCGCAACUGGUCCACCUUCGGCCUCAUCCACAGCAAACAAAGGAACCGUUUGAUACAAAAGCACCUCAACGACUUAGUUUAUGUGCACUACAAUCUACGGUUGAGGCUAAAAUGCAUUCAAGAGGAAGUGGAGCUCAAGUAUGCAGAUCCCAUCUAUAGAACUUUUACAGAUGAUGAUGAUAAUCCUAUGCUCGACUGGCUUGCGGCCCAGCAGCAGGAGCCCGAGCUUGAUGAGCCGGGAUCACCUCGACGACCAGCCAGUAUCAUAGCCACCGAGGCUAUGGUCGAUCCACAGCAAUGGGCUGAGCGCAACAUUCCACGCACUCCUACAGCUGAUAUGACGUGGCUAGAGGGGAGCCAGUCACCGCAUGGCUGGUCCGAUGCUCCCGUUCAGAGAGAUGAUCCUCUCAUGCAAGGACGAGGACGAGGACGCUCUACUACCCAGUCGACUCGAUCAGGAGGGCGUCAAUCCCAACAAACAAGAAAAGGAAAGGAAAGGGCCCCAAUGGAGAGUGUCGAGGAGGAGACUUGGACCAGCAGCGAUGAAGAUUCUGGUGGUGAUGGAUCUACUAGCCAUGGAGGAAGUGGAGGACAGUAUGGUACUAGUUAUGAGACACAGCCGGAGGGAAGUUUUCGAUACACCGGUGAGUCUCAGUUUACACAUGCUACACAAGAUACGGACUACGGUAGGCCGUCUGAUAUAGGCCGGUCAGAUACCAUUGCAUAUCGAAGAAGAGCUCCUCGAGGUCGUUCAAGAGGCCAGAAUGCAGCUGCAGAUGACCUUCCAUAUGGAGUCGAAUCCAUUGAUGUAUCAAGUUCCGAGUCUUCCUAUUAUCAGCGGCCUCAGCCAGCCUAUGGAUAUGGUGCAUCAGAGUCAUCUUCCGGUAGCUACUAUCCUGCGCAGCCCGGAGGAUCUUACGGAUCGGAUUUUAGUGCCGGCAUAUUCGGAUGGGCCCCUUAUCAAGACACCUCUCAGAGCCAGAGCUUCAGCGAGAGAUCCGAGAGUUCUUAUGAUCCAACGCGCAUUCCUCGAGGAUUGAGCAUACAAGACUACAAUGCCGCUUGGUUAGAGGGAUGGGUUGAUCUGCCUCCAUAUUAUGCUGAUGAUCCAGAUAUUGACGAGAAGCAUCGCCAUUCGACCCGAUUUUAGAUAUUCGAGAG